AAAAUAGUGGUUACUCGGUCCUCACUGGCCUAUAUAAGUCAUUCAACCUGUAGUUCAAAUCUCACAUCUUGCUUACUUACUUUCCUUUGUUGAUUGCAAGAAUGGGAUUUCAGCACCUUCUCAUUUUCAUUUCAGUUCUCUCUCUUGCACUUGCAGGAGGAAGCCAUGCAUCGGUGCCUGAAGAAGAAUAUUGGGAAGCUGUUUGGCCCAACACUCCCAUUCCCACUUCUCUGCUAGAACUUCUAAAGCCUGGACCUAAAGGUGUUGAAAUUGAUGACCUCCCAACGGAAAUUGAUGACACACAAUUCCCAACAAACUUUUUCUAUGAACAUGAACUUUAUCCUGGCAAAACAAUGAACAUGCAAUUCAGCAAGCGUCCCUUAGCACAACCUUAUGGUGUUUAUUUUUGGAUGCAUGACAUUAAAGACCUUCAAAAAGAGGGAUAUACUAUUGAUGAGAUGUGUGUAAAGAAUAAACCCAAGAAGGUUGAAGAAAAAUUUUGUGCAAAAUCCUUAGGAACAUUAAUUGGAUUUGCAAUUUCAAAACUUGGAAAAAAUAUUCAAUCACUUUCAAGUUCCUUCAUUGAUAAACAUGAACAAUACAAAAUAGAAUCGGUGCAAAAUCUUGGAGACAAAGCAGUGAUGUGUCAUAGGUUGAACUUUCAAAAAGUUGUAUUUUAUUGUCAUGAAGUUCAUGGAACAACAGCUUUUAAGGUUCCAUUGGUGGCUAAUGAUGGAACAAAAACUCAUGCAAUAGCUACUUGCCAUGCUGAUAUUUCAGGCAUGAAUCAACAUAUGCUUCAUCAGAUUAUGAAAGGUGAUCCUGGUAGUAACCAUGUUUGUCAUUUCCUUGGAAAUAAGGCUAUUUUAUGGGUACCUAAUUUAGGUUUGGACAAUGCCUAUGGUGCCAAUGCUGCUCUUUAGGAGUACUCUCCAACAUGGACACACCAUGCCACCAUGGGAUUUUGUAACAUAAAUAAAUUGUCGUUUGCAAUGUUUUUCAUUCUCGUACCUUUUGUAGCCAAGGCUAUAGAACUGGACUUGGCUACAAUUAUGCACUGUGUUGUACUUGUACCCUAAAGAGGCACGAUCUUGCUUGCUAUUGAUGUACUUUGAUCAUGUUAUAAUAAUGAAAAUGGAUUGUGCCUCAUUGUAGAAUUUUAGAA